AUGCUGAGAGGCUCUAGGGAACAGCCUGAGGAAACUCCUCAGCCAGCUCCCCGGCGAAUCUUCCAGGAGAGGCAGAGGAUCACAGGCCUGCCUUUGUACUUCCAAAGUUACCUGUCUGUCCGGCACUCAAGCUGCCAGGAAUUCAAAGUGUAUUGGACAGAACUCAGAGGAACUACGCUCUUUUUUUAUGAUGAUAAGAAAACCCCAACAUACUCACAGAAAUUAGAUAUAUCAGCUUUGACCUCAGUGACCAAUGUUUGUCCAGAUGAAAAUGGCUCUGCACACUUCAUCCUGAUGCUGUCAAAUGGGGAACUAGAACUGAAGGCUAAUGACUGUGAAUAUGGGAAAGAAUGGAAGGGUUUUAUUCUCACUGUAACAAAGCUGUCAGUUCCACCAGAUGAGUUGUUACUACCUGAGCAACUUACAAGAAUGCAUGAAGUGCUAGAAAAGGAAAAGAAAAGAAGGAUUAUGCCUAAUGACUGUUCCAGCACAUCCUUGAACAGAAAAAGCCCUCCCAGCAGUACACUGACCACUAUGCCAGCGUGUUUCUAUGCAGUGUCUCGGCAAGAAGCAAUGGAGAUGUUAGAAAAGAACCCUUCAUGUGGGAAUUUGAUCCUGCGCCCCAGCAGCGACCGCAAGAACUAUGCAAUCACUAUCCAACGUGAGCUGGAUACCCCACGCCUAAAGCACUACAAAGUGACAUCCAAAGGAACAAGUUACGUUAUUGAAUCAGAAAGACAGGUGACACUCCCAAGCCUUCAGGAUGUUGUCAAUUACUUUGUGACCCAAACCCAAGGGAACCUGAAGCCAUUUGUCAGACAGACAUACAAUGCAGCCAAACCAAUGUUCUAAAGCAAGCUGGCUGCUGAAGGCACACACAGGAAUGGUCCUACUAAAGGAAGA